CGCCGGCGCGCCGCGUGCUUUUUCUCCCCGAGACGCUGGGGGCUUCGAGCCAGCAACCGCCGGACAACGCUCGUGCGUGGAGACAAAGAGCCCCGCGGGGAGCCUCGCGCGUGCGUUACGAGUCUUCGACGCGGCCACUGCGCACCUGGGUCGCCUCGCCGCCGGAAGCGGCCCUGCUAGAGAGAAAGCGGCACAUCGGUCGCCGACGCGCGCGAACAGCGAUGAGCAAGGUGCGCAAGACCGACGCGGCGCCGGUGCCCCGGCGCGAUUCGAGGCGCAUGCAAGUGCUUAUGGUAGAGGACUUCGACGUGGCGCCGUCGUCCGUCGAAGAGGACGCGCCCCGGCGCCGGGAGGUGGACAACGGCGGCGCCGCCGCCUCGGACUCCGACGUGGAGGAAAACUGCUCGGGCGACGAGCGGCCGUGCAGGUCGACCGCCGUCCUCGACGACGAGAUCCACUGGCCGCUGGGCGUGCUCCAGGAGCAGUUCCACAUCCUCCAGGAGCGCAUAGUGGACGAAGUGCGGAGGGUGAUGAGAGAGGAGUUCUACGAAAUGCGCAUGUCCAUGGCGACGCCGCCGGAAUCGCCCGCGCCAGGCUCGCCGGUGCCGCCGACGUCGUUCGAUGGCCAGUUCAAGGCGUUCGCAAAGUUUGGCGACAGCAAGAGCACAGGUGACGCCAUCACGCUCUCCAACAGCGACAAGUGGUUCAAGCAGGCCAAGGUCAUCGACGGCAAGAAGAUCACCACCACCGACACCGGAAUCUACUUCAAGCAAGUCGCCAAGACGAAGAAGGCGCUGAACCUGAAGGAGUACCAACAGUUCCUGGAGGUGAUAGCGAAAAACAAGAAGGUCGAGGUGGAAGAGAUCAAGGACAAGCUGAGCACGUGCGGUCCGCCAGCCACCACACGCACCACGCCCGUGGCCACGGGCGGAGCCGUGGCUCGGCUAACGGACCACACCAAGUACACGGGCACCCACAAGCAGCGCUUCGACGAGGCCGGCAAGGGUCGGGGCAAGGAGGGCCGCCAGGACGUCCCCUCGGAGUCCGGCUACGUGAGCGGCUACAAGGACGAGGGCAACUACAACAAGACCCACUGAAGGCGCCCGCCGCGCUGGCGGACACAGUCCGGAAGCGCAGACUCGCACCCACAUGGCGCCCAGCACAGCGAGCGAGCAGCACGUCCCGCUGCUGCGGGCCACAGACGAGCCUGCAGGAGGCGACGUUGCAUCACGCGCGCACCUGCUUUGCGGCAGACAAUGCCGCUUUCUAAACUUUAGUUUCUUUUCCCCCUUUUCGGUUUGAAAACUGUGAUUCACGCUUAUUAGAACUCAGCCGCUUGGUGCAGGGAUUCGCAUAUAGCGCUCACGGCACGCAUCGGUUGAACCCGUAAAGGUGAUCGAGAGGCACAGAUUCUCAAAAGUGGUUCACAUAACGAGUGCGCCGGUACGGCCACCGAAACGGAGAACGCUGCAGGAAAGGUCACAAACUUAGCGUACCAUAUUUACGGCUUAGUCAUCCUAUUUCCUACGAAGCUUAAUUGUUAUCAGAAACUAACCCGCAUUUUAAAAAGAAAAAAAAAAAACCUUCAAGACUGGUAUGCUACUGUCUGGCGCACAAACGGGCAAACUUUGACAUCUAGAGUGCCGUCGUACGCAUGAAUGUUUCCUUCCUCGAGGUUUGAAAAGGAGCCACUGCCCCGCAUGUACUUGCUGUGUUGCAGCCGCUUAUCCUGCACAUGGAAGCCUGCCAGUGUUUGCUAGCUGCGGUUUUCACUUUCUGCAACGGCGAGAAUUCAGUUCAGAAAAACUGGUGAGAAUAUAUGUUCUGGGAACGUUGAAUAGAAAGCAUGGAGUAAGCUUGGUACGUUAAACGAAAGAAGCACACUUGAAUCGCUUCACCAUCAUUUUCCUGUAAUAUUGCACCGUUCUUAUCUUUUGUUUAGUCUGCGCGCGAAAAAAAAAAAGCAUCAGCCAUUAACUAUAUGCUUCCUUAAUACAAACCUCUCCUGUUGCCAAACUGAGAAGUCUCCCAAAUGCCAUCGCCCAGACUAAAAAGAAGAAAAAAAAAGGGGGGAAAUCCUGGAUGCAACUGUUUAUAGGGCCUAUAGUUAACGUGCUUCCUUGCGUAACUGCCUAACUUCAAGUUCAGAAAGUGGGAGCGUAGCGUUUAAAAUGAGCCUCACUCAUUUGUUCACAGCUAUGUAUACAGUGUCAACGCUUCCCUUGGUAGCAGGCUGUAAGACAGGACAGUGUCAUUUUUCUGUACAUCAAAUUGCGGCUUACAUGGUCACGCCACACAUAAGAUUUUUAUACGAAGUUCUUACAGCUGACUUACACCCCUGUUCAGUGUUUAUUCAAGCUGUGUAAUUUCAUUGUUGUCGCUGUAGCGUUCAAUAAAAAGUGAAGCGUAUCGUGCAUCAACAG